CCCACCUUCUCUCUCUCCCUAGAGCUGGGACACCCUUGGGCUUGGACGUCAGAAGGCCAGGCUGCUGGGCCCAAGGACUCCAGGACUCGCCCCAGCUCUUCCCGUGGCCCCAAGAGAGGUGCCCCAUCCCCGCCCUGGGUCUGCAGCCUCCAUUCCUGGACGGAGCCACACGACCAGCACCACAGGGUCUCAGUCCUGAGGACAGGCUGUCCAGGCGCUCCUGGCCUCCAGCAGCACAGACCAUGAAAGCAAAAAAAAUUGCAGUGAUUGGGGCCGGGGUCAGCGGACUAGGGGCCAUUAAGAGCUGCCUGGAGGAGGGACUGGAGCCCACGUGCUUUGAAAAAGGCAGCGACAUUGGAGGACUGUGGAGAUACGAGGAGACCCCCGACACUGGACGAGCUGGGAUAUACAAAUCCUUGACCUGCAACACCUCCAAGGAGAUGACAGCCUUCAGCGACUACCCCGUCCCUGACCAUUUUCCCAACUACAUGCACAAUUCCAAAAUGAUGGAGUAUCUCAGGAUGUACGCCAGGCACUUUGGUCUCAUGCAACACAUCGAGUUCCUGGCGAAGGUGUGCAGUGUGAGGAAGCGCCCUGAUUUUUCAUCCUCUGGCCAGUGGGAUGUGGUGGUAGAAGCUGAUGGGAAGCAGCAAUCCUACAUCUUUGACGGGGUCAUGAUCUGCAGCGGCCAUUACACUGAGAAGCAUUUGCCCUUACAGGAGUUUGCAGGCAUCCAGAAGUUCCGGGGCAGGUACCUGCACAGCUGGGAGUACAAGCAUCCAGACGCUUUUGCGGGGAAGAGAGUGGUUGUGAUUGGCAUCGGGAACUCUGGAGCAGACGUGGCUGGCGAGAUCAGUCGUGUUGCUGAGCAGGUUUUCCUCAGCACGAGACGAGGCGCGUGGAUUUGGAACCGGGUGUGGGAUGACGGCAACCCCAUGGACACCGCCCUCUUCACCCGGUACAAUAGGGCACUCCAAAAACUACUGCCCUCAUUCCUCAUCAACAGGUGGACAGAGAAGAAACUGAACGCAAGGUUCAACCACGCCAACUACGGGCUGCAGGCUGCACACAGAUUUCUCAGCCAUCAGUCUACCUUCAGUGACGACCUGCCAAAUCACAUAGUCACAGGAAGAGUGCGGAUGAAGCCAAACGUGGAGGAGUUCACCGAGACGUCCGCCCUCUUUGAGGAUGGCACUGAAGAGAAGGUUGACACUGUCCUCUUUGCCACAGGAUACACCUUCUCUUUCCCCUUCUUGGAGGAUGACUUAGCAAUCCUGGACAGCCAGCAUUCCAUGUAUAAGUUGGUCUUCCCUCCUCAGCUGGAGAGGCCAACGCUGGCUUUCAUUGGCCUCCUGCAGCCCGUGGGGGCCCUCAUCCCCACAGCAGAACUCCAGAGCCGAUGGGUUGUGCGUGUGUUCCAAGGACUGAAAAACUUGCCCUCAGAGACUGACAUGCUGGCUGAGGUCAACAGAAGGAAAAGGAGAAUGGCCAAAGAGUUUGUGGACAACCCAAGAGAUGCAUCUCGAGUGAACUACAUCGACUACAUGGAUGAGAUUGCUUCUGAGCUAGGCGUCAAACCCAACCUGCUCUCCCUCUUCCUCUGGGAUGCCAAGCUAGCCAGGGAGGUUUUCUAUGGGCCCUGCACCCCAUACCAGUACCGCCUACAGGGGCCCGGCAAGUGGACCGGGGCCCGGGCAGCCAUCCUCACCCAGAGAGCCCGGAUCCUCAAGCCCCUGAGAACACGUGUGCUCCAGCACUCUGGCUCCCGUUCCUCUAGGUGGCUUUGGGUCACAAGUGUCUGUGCUGUCAUCUUUCUCUCUGCUUCCAUGGUCAUCAUCUUGCAGAUGAUUGGUCAUUAAGCUCUCGUGGGCACAGAUGGGCCUGGAACCAGAGAAGAACAAAAUCAUAUAGAUUUGAAUUGUAGCAAAGAAAAUUGAUUAAUUAUAUGUACACUGGGGCCAAUUGGUUACAUGGGGAAAGAGUUUUAUCACAUAUGCCCAUUUAAAUCAGAACCAAAUAACUCCAAUAAUGAUUUCCCGGGGUGCUCUUGUGAGGAGGUAUUUGUAAAAUGCAUAGCUUAUUUCUGCUUUUCCAGAAACUAUCUGACUUUCCUGACAAGCUCACACACAAUGUGGCAGCAGGGCGUGAUAAACUGUGGGGUCAGUGAACAAACAAGGGUACAGAAAACAGCGAACCAAGCGUGGGUUCAAAAUGGCACUCUAGUCUCAGAGCAUCUCCUCACACAUACCCCGAGUUCCACAGAGACUAUCUCUUCAGUGGGAAACGUGACGGCUAACCUGUCACCAGCUGAUGGAACAGCACUAGCAAUGGGAUACCAACCUGAAAUUUUGCAAGUGCAGACAGGAUGCAGUGAGAACAUCACCUAUCUGGUGUUUUUGCUAAAAAUGUUUAACUUGAGCUAAAUCACGAGGAGCACUGAGAGAAAUGAAGAAGAGCUCCAUGCACAAGACAUCUUACAUGUGCUCAAGGAAAGUCAAUGUCCUUGAGAAGUAAACUAAGGAGACUAGGAAAAUUCCCUGCCUCAAUGGAGACUAAAGAGACUUGAUAGCCAAAUGUAUGUUCUGGAAAACUGGUGGUUUAAUCUAACACCAUGGGUAGAUGGUCUUACUGAGUUACUGAUAGCAUUAUCUGGCACAGCAAGGGCUUAUGCAUAUAUAGUGAAAUGAACUUGCACUAGAGGGUGUAUAUAGAACUAGGCAGAAUAAAGCACUGUGAGAUCUACAGCUCGUCUGCAAAAGGUACAGAAAGAAGUGUGUGGGGGUUCUCCAGGAGCAUACAGGACGGACCACAAAAGGGACAAGGUUCUAACAGCUGGCAAUGGCAGGUAAAAGGCAAGGCACGUUCAUUGUUGUAUUACUUCUGCUCUUUUGCGAAUUUGAAAGGUUGAAAAUAAAACAUUUUAGGAAAGAA